CUCAUUCCUGUAUAUACAGCACCCACACCCUGUGCAAAGAUCUUAUUCGGGAGUAACCCUAGUCAGACUGCACGCCAAGGACUCUACUUUCUGGCACCUAAAACAUUCAACCACCGUCCAAUAUAUAAGCACGAAUCUGGUGAUGAUUAAAUAUUCUACAGUGCCUCAAGUGGUAUGUGGUUCAUUGGAAGUUCAAUUCGGACAUCGUUUGUUGGAAUAUAUAGAAAUACCCGCUUGUUCACGCCACAAGCGAUUGGUACACCGUGGUCCGUUUUUGCUGGCAGAACUUGGUCACUGGCACCAACGUUGAAAGCAAAAUGCAUAACAGGUCGCACAUCCUGUCGACGCCUUCUAGUCAGUGGUUUUGGCGGCACUAGUGCCCAAUUCAUUGGCCAGUAUGCCAUCACUGGAAGCGUCUUCAACUACAGAGCUUCAUAUAAGCAUACGUCACGUCGCCUGUAUAUGUACUACAAAUUUGGGUUCUGGCUUAUUGGAACAAUAUUAAAUGUUAGUAACAGUGCAUCGGUAAAGUCAGCCACCAUCGUUGAGUAUCCAGAGAAAGCGAUGACAUGGGAGAUAUAUUCGAAUGGAUGGAGGGUUCAGUCAACCGUUAGAGUGAUUUGCUCAUAAUAGACAAGAUGUAAAGAUGUAAAGCAGUUGCUACAACAAGUACAACAAUGGUUACAGAGACAAUUACUGACUUUUCUGACUGACUUGUCACAUUUUUUCUAUCGUAAUUAAAAAAGCAAUAAUAGAUUUGCCAGAUGACUAUAUGUGCUGCAAAAUACUGAAAAUGCUAAAUCAUUUAAUCAUUUAAGAACUAAUUCUUCACAUUCAUCGUUGGAUACCUAUUGGUCUACAUUAAAUACACACACAAUUAAAGCAAUGGUGAACUCAUAGACAAUGUAUUCAUCUUUUAAUUUCAAUUUCUGCAGACCGGACAGAAUGGCAUUUUCCCAUCUGACUAACAAAGAUACAGCCAUCAUUGAUUCAUUACCCCAUGCAAGAUAUUGCCAUCUUUCAUCCUAAAAAGUUACACGUGCAAGAUGACAUUUACUUGUGACAUCACUGGUUUAUAAACAUCAACAACAUGGC